CACUACAGCCGCCUCCCGCUCACUCGCUAGUUUGGCACCAGGCUAGCACCAGGCUAGCACGGAGAGUCAGUCGAGGGCUGCUCCCUUUCGCCUCUGCUCGGUCACACUCACCGCCGCACAUUCCGCACCAUGGCUGCCACGGACGUUGACGUGUUCUCGAAUGAAGAGAAGCGUAACCUGACUUUGGGCGGCCAUGUUGGAUUCGACAGCCUCCCUGACCAACUUGUCAGUAAAUCGGUCACUCAGGGAUUUUGUUUUAACAUUCUCUGUGUAGGGGAGACUGGUAUUGGCAAGUCGACGUUAAUGAACACACUUUUCAACACUAUGUUUGAGAACGAAGAGGCGAGCCAUUACCAGAACGGCGUGUACCUGCGGCCACGAACUUACGACCUUAAAGAAAGCAACGUCCACCUCAAACUGACGAUUGUUGAUAGUGUUGGCUUCGGUGAUCAGAUCAACAAAGAGGACAGCUACAAGCCCAUCGUCGACUACAUCGACACUCAGUUUGAAAACUAUCUCCAGGAGGAGCUGAAGAUCAAGCGCUCGCUGUUUAACUACCACGACACCAGGAUCCACAUUUGCCUUUAUUUCAUCGCCCCAACAGGACACUCCCUCAAGUCUCUGGACCUCGUCACUAUGAAAAAACUGGACAGCAAGGUCAACAUCAUUCCCAUCAUUGCCAAAGCGGACACAAUCUCCAAGAGUGAGCUCCAUAAAUUCAAGAUAAAGAUCAUGAGUGAGCUGGUGAGCAACGGCGUCCAGAUUUAUCAGUUCCCAACCGACGACGAAACCGUGAGUGAGAUCAACGCCUCCAUGAACGCCCAUCUGCCGUUCGCUGUGGUGGGCAGCUUGGAAGAGGUCAAAGUGGGGAACAAAACAGUGAGGGCCAGACAGUACCCCUGGGGUGUUGUGCAAGUUGAGAACGAGAGCCACUGCGACUUUGUCAAACUCCGAGAGAUGCUGAUCAGGGUCAAUAUGGAGGAUCUGAGGGAGCAGACCCAUGCCCGCCAUUACGAGCUGUACCGGCGAUGCAAGUUAGAAGAAAUGGGCUUUAAAGAUACUGACCCCGACAGCCAGCCUUUCAGCCUGCAGGAGACGUAUGAGGCAAAGAGGAAAGAGUUCUUGGGCGACUUGCAGCGCAAAGAGGAGGAAAUGAGACAAAUGUUUGUCAACAAAGUAAAAGAGACGGAAGCAGAGCUGAAAGAAAAGGAGCGAGAGCUGCAUGACAAGUUCGAGCAGCUGAAGCGGAUGCAUCAGGAGGAGAAGAGGAAGGUGGAGGAGAAGCGGAGAGAUCUGGAGGAGGAGAUGAACGCCUUCAACAGGAAGAAGGUGGCAGCCGAGACACUCUCCUUAUCUCAGCCGCUCAAGAAAGACAAGGACAAGAAAAACAGGUCGGUGACCACGGAGAACCAUUCGGCCGUGAGCGCCUCCAGCUCCAAGGUGAUGAUGGCCAAGGCCAACGUGGAGCCCUUGAACUGCCAAAGCUGGUGGCAGGCCAUACAGUGCUGCACCUGCCUGGUCCACAGCGCCGCCUGGAAGAACGAAGGCCUCUUCUGAUGGCCAGGCCCGCCGGGGAGCGCGCCGGGGCCGAGCCCGAUGGACGGAACGAGGUGGGGGUGGCCGGAGACGAGCAGGGCGUGGAACUGGGGACAGAGCGGGGAGAGGAAGAGGAACGAGACCAAAACGUUAGCAUAACGAUGUCAUCGCCGUCUCAUCUAUUCAUCCAUCUACGACGUCAUCAUUCAUAUCAACGUCAAACCCACCAGUGCAUUUAAUGUCCAGCCAGAAGGAAACAGGACAGCACAUCAUCCACCCCUUCAUUCUCAUCCACCCAGGACACUUGUCUCUGUCUGUGAUUCUCUCUUCUGUGCUCAAGUGUCCAUCACUGCUUCAACACUUAGAGCAACAGACAGAGACUCUCACUAUCAGGUUUAACUCAUGAAGACCCCACUCCCCUCCCUUCCCCUGCCUGAGGAAUCAUAGUAAUCUCGUUCGUAUUGUAUCGUAUGUGCAGUGCUUUGUGUUCCCAUCUGUAGGCAGGAACUCUGAGGGGGCUCAAUGUAAAAAGAAAAAGAAGAAAUUAUAGUUUAAUAAGCGUCUUUUGUUUCAGCCGGUAAAACCCACUUUAGUUUAAAUGAAGAGUGUGAGCGGGACACUGACGAGCGGCCGGGGAAGAAAAAUCACCCACUAGAUUUAGAAAUAUCGACACGUUCUUCUUCCGUUUGUUCUCGUCAAGCGUCUCUUGUGUUUCUUUCACUCACGUUGUUGUGAAUAGCUCAUUUGCUUUGUUCGUGUCUCGCUCUGUAGCAACAACAAGCCAUGAGUUUUAAAAGAAAGUGGAACUGGCUGGGAGAUGGAUUCAGCAACGUGGCGCCAAAGUCGAGCAGUCGUCCCUAAAACUGUUGCUCCAGACGGUUACUGCUUUCUAAUGUCUGCUCCUCCUACUGUUUUCAUUUUCACGUGAUGCAGGGUAAUGUAGCAAGUAAAGAAUAUUGGAUUCUCACAGUAAACGCUCAUAUAAUCCAUGGACUGUUUAGAAAGAUGGACGACGCGUCUCCACUUAAACUGUAGCUAAGAUAUCUGAGGCCAUUUUAUGCUUUUAACGUCAUUUGGAGCCAGUAGUGAUCGUGGUGAGGUCACGCCCUUGACCAAUUGCGAGUUAGUCUCAGCUGUCAAUCAUGAAGUUUCAUCGUUUUUACAGGAUUAAUUAUCAAAAGAAAAAAGAAAUGCAUCAGUGUGUUAAGAACUACUUAAAAUGGGAGAAACCAUUUCGUUUGGUCCCUGUCCCCAUGUUUAUGACCUAUACUGCAGCCAGCCACCAGGGGGCGAUCAUCCCUUGUGGGGAGCUGUCAUGUCGUCCAUCUUUAUAUUCAAUCUAUGAUAAAAACCUCCAGGUGGUGAAAGUUUGGAGCAUCACAGCGGAUUCUGCCUUUCAAAGUGUUUUACGUGGAGAUUGAAGAGGUAUUAAUACUAAUAAAUACAGAGUCACCUCUAUAAAUCCUCCUAUUUAUUCACAUCACAGUGUCAUAGUGGAGAGUCUGUGACAAAUUACCAAUAGAUUUUAUUGAUCGCUGUUUUAUAGACAGGGGAUAUAGAAAAAGGGGAAAGCAGAGACAUUUCUUCAGGGCAGGGAGGGAAUGUAAUUGUGAGAUAUUAAACAGUAUAGUUAAAGUAUUUAUUUGAAAAACAAUAUUUAUUUGAACGAUAUAAAAAGAGAAAAUGUCUUUAUUUUAUUAUAGCAUUUAUUAAUACAUUAUGUCCCUUUACUUUGAAAGUCCUGGAUUUUUGUAUUACUCAAAGGGAAGUGCAAGGACAAUAUUAGAUUCCCAAUAACACGCUGUAAACCUGCGACACCAGUUUCAAACUAACAGUAAAAGGGAAUUGAUUUGCAAUUGUUUUGUUUUGCUGAAACGGUCCAAUUCAAAAUAUCUAAUGUGCCAAGACGCGUUCCGGUGACAAUUUAUGGUUUGUGGCUUUAAGAAAACGGUUUCCUUCCUGUGCCAACGUCAAUAUCAUAAGAAAUGUAAACACUGUUAUUUCUUUCUCGAGGGACUGUGGGAGAUUAUUGAUUCACAGAACAAGGCUUCACAAAUCAACCCGAGGGGCGUUUCCUGGACAAAUAAUCUUUAUCUUCUAAAAUGUCUUCUCCAUGGAAAUCCUUCCUGUCGCGUGGAUCGAUACGGUGUUUAUUUAUGUCAGGAAAAUGAUGGGCUGUGUUCAUAAAGCAUCCGACUCGCAGGCAAACCACCGGUUUUACUUUCUCUUUCAGUUUGAUCUGGUUUUCAGGUCAGAUUCCUCAUCAUCUUCUAUAAACAGGUUUUGACUAUGAGCCUUUUACAGACAGACAGUGUUAUUGCCCUUAUAUUUGCCGAUAUGAAAACUUGUAUUUUACAGAACAAACAAUGCAGAGAUGAUGUUUAUAUUUUACAAAAUGUAGAAAAUUUAUUUUCUUAUUUCAAGUUCUGUAUAUUUGUUUUGUCUUUCUUUAUAUUAAUAGUUAUUUAACAUAAAGUUUAGGGUUAAUCUGUAACACAGCAGUUACAUUUGACUGAAUGACACUGAGUUAACUUUAGUUAGAAUAAGAAAGAAGAAUUAGAAAGUUAAGUUUUUACGAUUCAUUUCAGCCUGGACCGAAGUGGUGCGAGUGUGGCUAAAAAAAGGAGCAACAUGAGUUUCAUUAUUAUUUAGUUAUCACUCAGCUCUAUGUUUACUUCAUUAAAACCUGCUCUAGCUGCUUUCCUGACCUUUUAAAUACGGAUCUUUAGUCAUAACAUCCUGCCUGACCUCGUUUUAAACAGCAUUAUGAAUACAGCCCUGAACCCAACUGCAUGAAGGCCUGAGCAACGUUCUGUGUGUGUGUGUGUGUGUGUGUGUGUGUGUUUGUCGACGGCUCAGUCGGAUGCUACUGUCUGCCUCUGGUCAUGAUUCGUCAGGGUUAACAAUUAAACUAGAGAGUGAGACAGUAUUGUGCCAAAACCUGAGUGUGCAUGAGAUUUGUGAACAAUAACAACCCUUGUAUGUUUUUGUUAUGUUUGAGGUUUGAUAGCAAAGAUGAUCCGUCUGCACACGCUCCCUCUAGUGGCAGCAGGGUUCCACUGUCGGGCUGCAGGGAAGAGUUAGUCAGAAGUGCCUUGGCCUGUUGUGCGACACGCAUGUUAUUUUGCUGGCAGCUUGAAAACGCAGUCAGAGGAUUCUCAUCCAGCUCUGAACAGACCUGCCGCUGAAAUGUGCACUGAUUUUUGUCAUUGGCCUCCGAUAUAUAUAACUUAACUUUGUCCAAUAUGUGGUUUUCAAGUCCAAUGCUGUCUCUUUUGCUCUGAUGCUGCAGAAAGCUUUUGCAAUUACACCAAGACGUGACACUAAAGCAGCGAGUCUCAGGUUUACGGGUCAUUUAAAGCAGUGGUUCUCAAACUCCUGCACGUCAAGGACCCGUAAACUGACUCAUAUACACCCCCGUUUGACAAGAUUUUUACUUUUAGUUGUCUUAUUACAGGAAAAGUAUUGAAUUCAGCACCAAAAUACUGAAAUACUGAAUUUACUUUGAGAACUACCGAUUUAAAGCAAGUUGAUUUAUUCUAUCUAUUAGAUUAGACCUUAACAAAGUGCAGAGACUGUUUAAUCUUAGCUGUGAUCAGGCAGCAACAUCAUAUUAUCGGUUAAAAAAAAAAUCAACUGUCUGACAGCCACUGUUUAAUUUGUUUAUUAAACAGUUGUUGGACAACUACACGUAAAUUAACUUAUCCUCUAAUCAGACCCUUUUAUUUCAUUACUUUCAUCAGUGACAGACUUGAUUUUAUUUCUCACUCUUGGCUGCAGUGUUUCAUUAGGAAAAAAGGGAAGGACUCUGUUGUGGAUUUUAUAAGAAUCGUGGGCACAAGGAGUCAAAUCAAUUAAAUGCACAAUCUCUACUAGGACCAAUUCUUUGC